CAAAUCUCUUACUUAACUCUAAGCUUUUGUCAUUUGCUUGGCGUUUUUCGAAAAAUCAAUGGCUUCUUUGGUUCUCUCUUCUCCCUGUUUCCCUUCUCAAAAGCCUUGUUCUUUAACGUCUUCUCUACGGUCCAGCUUCGGAGCUCCUUUAUUUGUUGGGUUCGGAUCGGCCUCGAAGAGAAAUGAAAGAAUCAAGGUUUCGGUCGACUCCGGAGCUUAUCCGCUUGUGUUUCGUGACCUCGACGCCGACGAUUUCCGGCAUCCGCUCGAUAAACAGAAUACGUUGCUAUUGAGAGCGAUUCCAGGGCUUAGCGAAAUAGGAAGAGCUAUACUAGCAGGAAGUGUGACAGAGCAAAUCAUGCUGCUUGAGAAUAUAGGAACUUCAGUCCUUGUUUCGAAAAAACAGCUCCCGGAACUUCAUAAAAUGAUGAUUGAAGCUGCGGGAAUAUUGGAUAUUGAACCUCCUGAUCUCUAUGCUCGUCAAAGUCCAGUUCCAAAUGCUUAUACAUUGGCUAUAAGUGGUAAAAAACCAUUUGUUAUUAUUCACACUAGUCUUGUGGAGCUUCUGACACGAAAAGAAUUACAGGCUGUUUUGGCUCAUGAGUUGGGUCAUCUCAAAUGUGAUCAUGGUGUAUGGCUUACUUUUGCAAAUCUCCUCACUCUUGGAGCCUAUAGCUUACCUGGACGUGGUGGUUUUAUAGCUGAGAGAUUAGAGGAACAGUUAAUCCGUUGGCUUAGGGCGGCAGAGCUAACUUGUGAUCGUGCAGCACUUCUUGUUGCACAAGAUCCCAAGGUCGUCGUCUCUGUUUUGAUGAAAUUAGCUGGUGGCUGCCCAUCAAUGGCUGACCAGCUAAAUGUGGAUGCAUUUUUGGAGCAAGCUUGCUCAUAUGAAAAAGCUUCUUCAAGCCCAAUCGGGUGGUAUAUAAGAAAUGCUCAAACAAGGCAACUUUCGCAUCCGCUGCCUGUUCUACGUGCUCGGGAGAUCGAUGAGUGGUCAAGAAGUGGCGAAUACAGAAGUCUUCUUAAACGUGCAGCUCAGAUGAGAUUGUAGACAAGAUAGAGAUGGCAGCAGAGAGCAAAGUAAAUGGAAGCAGCAUUUGUAAAAAGCGUCUAUAUCCUAACAUUUGUUCAUUAAUCAUGAUGGUCUGAAUUGUGGAAAGAAAAUCAUAGUUGGAUCUUCUGUAAGUAUGACAGAUGGAUUUAGGGAAGUUAUACUAACAUAGAUUUUGAUACUCAUAGGAACAGAACACUGUAUAUUGUUGUUGUCGCAACGAAUUCGAAUAUGGCCAUCUCUUGGUCCCAUGGUGUCGUAAAAUACAAUGCCUGCUUUAUUCA